GCACUUACGCUUAAACUGAAGAGCGCAACUAAGGACAUCAUGUAAAUGACAUCUGGACAUCAUUUAAACCUUUCCAUAAAACAAUGCCAUUUGUCGGAGUAAAGGACAUGGGACGAGAUCUUUUACUAUUCUUGGCGCCGUUGCUCUGCUGUGUCUGUGAGGCUGAUGACUGGACCCAUGCUCAUGCUGAGGACACGCUCUUUAAAAAACUCUUCAGUACCUACAAUAAGUGGUCCAGACCUGUGCAGAAUAUUACUGAUGUAGUAAUUGUCAAGUUUGGCCUCUCAAUUGCUCAGCUGAUUGAUGUGGAUGAGAAAAAUCAGAUGAUGACGACUAAUGUAUGGCUGAAGCAGGAAUGGAAUGAUUAUAAACUGCGUUGGAAGCCUUCCGAUUAUGACAAUGUAACAUCCAUCAGGGUGCCAUCAGAGCUGAUUUGGGUACCAGACAUUGUCCUGUAUAAUAAUGCAGAUGGUGAGUUUGCUGUGACUCACAUGACCAAAGCCCACCUGUUCUACACUGGGGAGGUGCGUUGGGUGCCUCCAGCCAUUUACAAGAGCUCAUGCAGCAUCGAUGUCACGUUCUUCCCCUUUGAUCAGCAAAACUGCAAAAUGAAGUUUGGCUCUUGGACAUAUGACAAAGCCAAAAUUGACCUGGAGCGCAUCGAGAAAACUGUGGACCUGAAGGAUUACUGGGAGAGUGGAGAGUGGGCCAUUGUGAAUGCUAUGGGUACAUACAACACCAAAAAAUAUGACUGCUGUCAUGAAAUCUACCCGGAUAUCACCUAUUUCUUCAUCAUCCGUCGCCUUCCCCUUUUCUAUACCAUCAACCUCAUCAUCCCCUGCCUACUCAUCUCCUGCCUGACUGUGCUGGUCUUCUACCUGCCCUCAGACUGUGGGGAGAAGAUCACACUAUGUAUAUCUGUCCUCCUUUCCCUGACUGUCUUCCUCCUGCUUAUUACUGAGAUCAUUCCGUCCACCUCUCUGGUCAUCCCACUCAUUGGAGAGUAUCUGCUCUUCACCAUGAUUUUUGUAACUCUCUCCAUCGUCAUCACUGUAUUUGUACUGAAUGUGCACCACCGCUCUCCUAGUACUCACAAGAUGCCAUGCUGGGUUCAGACUGUAUUCUUGGGCUUCAUUCCACGUUUUCUCUUUAUGAAGCGUCCAGAGCCUGGGCAGACACGGCACCAGCAACAAGAGAAGAGACAGGUUCUGAGUCAGUGCUCCAAUCUCAGCACCUCUAAAACCUGGCUGCAGCAGGAGACAGAUGUGGAUGUAGGUGUUCACUGGAAUAAGGAGGGCAAUGCGGCCACCUGUUCCUUCUCUCCUGCUACAUCUUUAAACUUGUCUGACUCUGAGGCCUCACUGAAAAAGUGUAACAUUCAACAGCAAGGACAAAGGAUAACCCUCAUUCAACGAUCUGUCAACCCAAGCCAUCUGGAGUCUGAACCAAGACUGCCAUGCUCCCCGGGUCUACUACAGGCCUUGGAGGGAGUGCAAUACAUUGCUGAUUACUUGCAUGCCGAAGACACAGACUUCUCCGUCAAGGAGGACUGGAAAUAUGUAGCAAUGGUGAUUGACCGCAUCUUCCUCUGGAUGUUCGUCAUUGUAUGCCUGCUGGGGACAGUUGGCCUCUUCUUGCCUCCCUGGCUCUCGGGGAUGAUCUAGCUGCUUGCCAUGGGCUGAUAAUGACAUCAGGUCUCUGAGCAAUGUUCAACCUGUACAACCAGGCCAAGACCUGCCCUAGAGACAACUACAUUUUUAAAAGGAUUGAACAUUCAUUUUUCAUGCUUUGGAUUUGGUUGUUACCUUCAAUGUGUUAAAAAGAAUUUUAAUAACCUCGACUUUGCAGACGUUUUCAGGACUGAGGAUAUUUGGGUGCGAUGUCAGUGAUGUAAUGAGUGUGGGUCAGAGCAUAUCAGUUCAUUCAGGUAUUACCUGAGGUCACAUUCAAUUGUUGUAAUAGUUCAGAUCCUCUCAGCCGUGACUUCACCCAUCGCUCCUGUGCAAGCAGCACUCCUCACCUCUCAUUGAAUGAGCUGACAUUUCCUAAUAUAAUACUGUUUCCAAGCCCUGUCACUUCCACACGGGUACAAAGAACAACCUUCAACGUAAUAUGCAAAAUAAACCUUUAUGAAAGAGGCGAGGGAUAUGUGACCUGCUUAGGAGUAAUGCAGUUCAGUUUACACUGAAUGUCUGUAGUGUCUCUUUACCAUCAACAGCAAUUACCUGACAGAUCAAAAGGCAUUUUUCAUUCAUGGACACAGAUCUUUAAAGAGCCAUUGAAAAAUCUGUGUCAUGUUUGAUAUUUCUGAGUAGUGUAAUUAAGUUGCAGUCAUGGACCAUGUGGAAAAAGUGUUUUUAGUAAUGGAACUAUUCUAUCCUUGAGGAUAAAUCAUGUUAGGGCUGCCACUGUAAUUUAAUUAAGAACAUGCUUCCUGUGUGUUUUACUUUACAUAACUCAUUAUUCUGAAUUUGCACCUGUCUUUCCUCCCCUACUCAAUCAGACUGUAAUGGCAUUUAAACAUUCUGUGUAUAAAUAUAUUGUCAACAACAAUAAACAU